AAUGGCCUAGUGAAAGCAGGCGCGCUCGCGACAGUGACAGCAGGCGCGAUCCAGAAGGACGUGCAGACUGGAGUGUGUGAGCGUGCACGCGCGCAAGAAACUGAGAGUUUGAGUCACAUCAGUGAAGGCUGAGAGCAAUCAAAACUCGCAGAGUGUCUGUCCUCGAAGCUUUUCGAAGGUCUGUUUGGCUGGAAAACAAAGGGAACAUUGUUGUUUAUUCAGGGUUUAAUACCUCACCUCUCUGGCACGUUUGGCGUCGCGAUGUCUAAUAUGUUUUCAUACACUUGCUGGAACGGGUAAAUUGUGCUCAUAUACCAAAGACUGACAUAGAAACGACACCGUAUCUACCCCUCAUUGCAAAACGAGCAGGAAACCAUGGAUGAUCUCAUCUCCAAAUCCCAUCGUUAUCUUUCACUUUUCAUUGCCGUUUGCUUCUUGCCUGGAUCACAGGCACAGACAUCGAUCCCCAGGGGCUGUGGCACUGAUGUUGACUCGCUGUAUUUCAACCUCUGUGACCUGAGCGCAGUCUGGGGUGUUGUAGUAGAGGCGUUUGCAGCUGCUGGUUUGGUAGCCACUCUCAUUCUUAUGAUCGUUCUGCUGGCCAGCCUUCCCUUCAUCACUGAUAGGAAAUGGCUCAGUUCAAUGGGGCUACAUGCAGGGUUCCUGAUCUUCACGUUUGGACUAUUUGCCCUCACGUUUGCCUUCAUUGUGGGGAAGAACUUUGCCACAUGUGCGACCCGACGCUUUCUGUUUGGCGUAUUGUUUGCCGGAUGCUUCUCCUGCCUCCUAAUGCAAGCCGUGAGGUUGAACAUACUGGCCAGGAGAAACUCGGGGCCCCGAGGUUGGGUGUGGUGCUUGGGGGCCCUGGGCCUCUGGCUGAUGGAAGUUAUCAUCAACACUGAAUGGCUUAUCAUUACAAUUGUACGGUACCCCACGAACACGAAUGCUACUGGAAAUCUGACUCCUGAAAAGACUGUUUCCUGUAACAUUGACAAUCAGGAUUUCGUUAUGGCUCUCAUAUAUGUGCUGAAUCUACUCUUAGCAGUUGUGAUCGCAUCCAUACCAAUAUUGACUGGUAAGCACAAGCGUUGGCACAAGGAUGGAGCCCUCAUCCUGGUCACAGGACUGUUUUCAGUGGGCAUCUGGGUGGCAUGGAUUGUCAUGUAUCUGUACGGGAACCCAAAGCAUGGAGGGCCGACAUGGGAUGACCCCACUUUGGCAAUUGCACUGGUGUCAAACGCGUGGGUUUUUGUUCUGCUACAAACGAUACCAGCGGUGUGCAGCCUGAGUGAUGAAGAUAAAGAUUCAGCUGUUGAGGAAAAUCUGUACCCCAGUAGAGGGUACGAGAACAUUCUGAAGGAGCAAAGCAUACAAAGCAUAUACGUGGAAAAUAAGGCCUUCUCUAUGGAUGAGCCCAACGCAGGUAAUAAGCCUGUGUCCCCAUACAGUGGCUAUAAUGGCCAGUUCCGAAGUUGUGUGUACCAGCCAACAGAGCUAGCCAUCAUCACCAAAGGAGUGGGGAAUCAACAGGGGGAAUCACAUGGCAAUAUAAUUCCACGAGCGUCCACAGGCACAUCCCCCACAGCCCAGAGCGGUCGCACCAGCCCCUCAUCACAACUUGAUGAUAUGAGACAAAUAUAUUCAAAUGUGUGAGGGGGUGGAAGAAGAAAUCAGAUCUAAUAAAUUGAACUGGAAAUUUCCACAGAAGACCCCAGUGAUCAGCUGAAGGCAGCAUUUUUUUGCUUUUUUUCUGGUGUUUCUAAUUAAGAUUUUGUGAUUUAUUUCCAUUGCUGUGCUCGGCUGCAUGGGCCAACUGGCACGAACUUGAGUAGCUGGCAAAUGAUUUGUCAGUUUGCUCCACUGACAGACAGUGUGUCGAGUUAUCUCAUGAUGACCGUGUUGAACAGUUAAAGCCGUCACAGUGUGUGGCUUCUUUAUUCAUGGAACACAUUAAAAAAAAUUUUGUUCAGACACCAGUGAUUGUAUAGACUACUACAGCAAUGCUACCAGCUGUGUUUACUAAGACAAAAAAAAAAAGCACAGACCAUCAAAAGACUGUAAAAUAAAUUGGCUUUUAUUUACUGUUACUCAACCUGUAUAAGGAGAAAUGCUGCUUCUAUCACUUGUAUAAACACUAAAAUUAGGUGUAGUGACACCAUACAUAUACACAAGCCUUAAUUUAAAUAUAUAAAAUGUUAAUAAUAAUGUGCAAUCACAAUCAUUUAGUGCAACAUCAGUUUAAAAAAAGAAACAAUGAUUAUUCCAUUGUUUUUUCGACCUUGUAUUUAUUGUCAGUGUGAAAUGUACUCUGUUAAACUUGCACCAUGAAAUGCGCCGUGAUUUCAUUGCAACAUUUUUCAAACUGUUUGCAAAUCGAAUGUUCUGCUUAUUAAUGUACAUGUUGAAAUUUCAGCAAAUUAAUUAAACUCAAAUUAAAUUCAAUAUAAAAGGAAAUGUAUUAAUUUAAUAUCUGACCUGGUCAAAGGGACAUCUUGAGGACAACUUCCCUAAGGGAAGUUUGUCAGAUGGAAAAUUCACUCCUCUGUAACCAGUGAUGAGAUUUACAUAUACCACUGAUAAGUUUUUCAAUAUGUAAUACUGAGCUACAAAGUUCCUUGUGGAGCGUUGUUGAAGGUGACCAUUACAUCAACACAUGACCAAAGCACAGGAGAUACCUAACAUAAAAUAAGUAAAAUAAAAAAGUUGAGGCGGUCACCCUACAAUGAAGACGAUUGUGUUAGGGCUGUGAAAACUUUAUUGGGCUAUUGUAAAUUAUUGGAACAGCACUGUUCAAUUACUUGGCAAAAGCCAGUUUGUAGUGUAUGCAAGUGUGUUACAUAAAUUCAAAUAUCAGGUAGCUUUUUGAGAAAGAAAGCUAAACCACUUGUUUAGCAACCUUAUAUUGGAAUAGCUGUGACACCCUUAUACAAUAAUGCAGGCUUUUCAAGAAAUAAUGGUGCAAAACAUUUUUAAUCAUGUUCUACAUGAUAUAUGUAAGCCUUCCACAGGGAAGUUUAUUGCAUGCUUGCAUGACUGGCAAUUGUAACAAGAUACAGAGCUGUGCAUGCAGGCCUCAACACUUGGUGCACAAAACACAGAUAUUUUUUUCUGAUCAUGAAUGGUUAAUUUUAAGUAGACAAUAACAAAAUCAACCGUAAAAACUGUGUAAAUAAACUUACAAACAGUGAAA